AUGAUCCUUCACUUUGUGAUAACUUUUUUAUUCAGUCAGCAUAUACGGGGAGAUGAUAUAGAUAAUAUUUCCAUCGAAUCAGUUCUUGAUCAAGUGGCAAUUCCAACAAAGAUUAUUGAAGAUUUUUUACAAAAACCAUCAAAAUAUUCGACAACAAAAAAGUUUGCUAUAAACGAAUAUCUUGAUAGUUCUACCGUGCACUACGAGAAUUCAAAUGGCUUUGUUCCUUUGAUUCCAUCGUCACAGAAGCCAUAUGAAUCAAAACAAGAAAACAAAUAUAAUCUAAAACAAAUGUAUCAAAAUCAAAAUGAUACGGCUCUUUUAAAAAUAGACAACACUAAAGACAAUACAUCAUUUCUCAACUUGCCAAUGCUUGAACAAAAUCGGAGAUCAUACAGUAAAAAUGAUAACCGUGAUGAAUUUGAAUUGCUGAAAGUCAACAAUGAUACUCCCGCUGUUGCUAAUUAUGAUUCAAUUUAUGGAAACACAAGACCUUCAGUCAAAUCAGAUCAUUAUCGUGUCGACGAAAAUAAUAAAACAUCUUUACGAAAUAAAAAUAGAGAACGAGGAAAACGAAUUCAAAACUAUGCCAACAACUAUGAAGGAACUGAACAAUACGGUUAUACUGGGAGAAUUGAAGAUAAGAAAAAUGUUGAAUAUCAAGAAAAUCAUGAUCAAGAUAUAACAAAAACUUAUCGUUCUGGAAAAACAUCUUUACCUCAAACUAAUUAUGCAACAGUAGUUUCUUCUAAGUCUAAAAAUUAUUCUCCAACCAAAGAUAAAUAUGAACAAUACAGAUUUAAAAGUCCUAUUAUGGUUGAACCAAGUAAAUAUAAAAUUGAUGUUCAAGUUAAUGGGCAGUCUAUUCAAGCGGCUGUUUCCACUUCCAGCCCUCAUAUAAAUGCUAAUAAUCAGUUGAAAUUGGUACAGGCAGAAAAAACGGAACCUGAAAAAUUUGUUAAACAUGAAGAAACAAGUAGAGCCUACGAUUAUGGUGAUUCAAGAGACGUAUCCGAUGAAAACCAAGAUUAUAUUGACGAAACAGAAAAAUCAGAAAGAUAUCAUAAAACAAAUCGUAGACAACCUUACAACUUUGACUCGUCUAGAAAAUUACCGAAAGAGCAUAGAGAAUCAUAUGACGAUUCAUAUGAUGAUCAAGGAAGAAAGCGCAAAAAAUCAAAGUCAAGAAACCGCUUGAACACACGACCUGUACAAACUAUUAACGAUGAUGAUCAAUAUAAUGAAGAUAAUGAAGACAACAGCAAUAAUCAUAAUAAUAAUAAAGAUAACAGCUGGACUCAAAUUACUCCGAAUGUUGAGAUUGCUCAUUCGAAUGGUUUUGAAGUCAAUCAAAUUGAAAAACCUAAAUUUCAUAUUUUACCUGUCAAUAUUAUAUCUAAUUUCGACCAUGCGACAGCUUUAGACAACAGUCAAGGAUUUGAUAUUACCAAUGCUAUGAUAACUGGUUUUGUACAUGAUGGCUCACUUAGUACAGCUUCACCUCUAUUGAGUUCUUCUCAAAGUUACAUGGAUCAAAAUUUAUUACAAUCCAGUUCCUCCAAAACAUCGAAAACGUCAAUAUCCGAUGUCAUAGUCGGGCAAAGUUCUUUUAAUAACCCAAUGCAAGCAGUCUUAAUGCCUAACAAAUUACAACAAACUUUAUUCAAUCAGUACAUGCAAAGUACGGUUCCUCCUGCAGUAUUUACCAUGACAACUACCCCAAGUCUUUUAACUUCAUCAACCAUUGCACCGAAUUUGCAACAGAUAUUAAAUCAAGCGCAAAUAUUUAACGUAAAUCCAAUUUAUUCCAACAAUGAACAAAGAGAAAAAGCUAAUUUAUAUUUAAAUGUGCAAUCUUCAACUAGCAAACCUAGAUCAGACAGAGAUAAUUCGCGACAUAGGAAAAAACAUAACAAUAAUAACAAUGGUCAAUUCUUGGCUUCAGCAAGCUUAUCUGUAGAUCAAAACAUUCAUCGUCAUUCUAAUCAUAGAGAUAACCAUAAAACUAACAGUUACAAAAAAAAUACCGGAAAUAGUUACAAUACUCAUAGUAAUGAUCAAAAUUCGAAUUCACAAAACAACCAACAAACAGCAAAUUUUAAAACAGUGGUUCAACCAACCAUGAUCCCAGCAAUUUUACAUACUAGUAUAGGUUUGAUAAAUGGACAAAAUCAAUUUGUUCCUAAUUCAAUUUUAAUAGCGAAUCCACAACAAAAUUCUCAAGUUUUUCAACCAAGUAUUUUAUAUUUUCUUUUAAUACAUACUUAUUUAAUACUAACAGCUCCGCUAUAUAUGUUUUUUUGUUUCGUAGAUAUCGAUAACGUUAGCGGUGCUAGUACAAAUACCAACGUUGUUAAUAACCUUGUCAAUCCACUACAAAAAGCGCAAUUACCUAUUCUUGGAUCCAAAAAUGUUGAGAUUGGGAAUCCUAAUAUUGAUGCUAUUGGAAAUAUCAACACAUUUGCUAUUAAUCAAAUUCCAGCUGCUCUCGUUACUACACCCAUACCAAUCUUUACAACAACUGGUUUCAUUGCUUCUAAACAAAUUCCCACAACUUCAGAGCCAUCUGGGUCAGAUAGAACACUCUACAACCCAAUUAAUUUUGUACCAAAUUAUGAUUUAAUGAAAAGUCAAUCAAUAUUAAAUACAAAUUUUGUUCCAAAUGAACAAUUUUCUAAUCAAAAUUUGAACUUAGUACCAUUACUUCCUGGCGGUAACUUUUAUAAAAAUACGCAAGGGGCACAAAUUGAUUUAGCUAGCAAACCAAAACUCACCUCAGACUUGGAAAAGUAUGCUGAAGAAAUGUUUAAAGAAUCAUUGCGGACAAUUUAUAAUACACAUAAAUGGAACAAUGAUCCUCGAUCACCAGUAAAUAUAAGUCUUAUUGAUGACUCGGAAUUAGCAAAAUUAAGAAAUGAACUGCUACGAAUAAAAAGUAACAUACGAGAUUCAAAGAUACCUAAAGAUGUAUUAGAAGCUCAUCAUACGGAAACUCGUUUUCGUACAGCAAAACCUGGUAGUGAUUACAAACGUCCUGAUUCAUCAUCUGAGCAAUCUUAUAAAAAUCAUUAUAAAAGUCAUUCUAAGCCACAUAAUCAUCCUCAUAAUCAUAGACCAAAACUGGAACUUAGUGAAAUUCUCACACCACCAAAGCCCAAUUCUAUUAUCUCUAAAAGUCCAUUCCAUGAUAAACCAGCAAAAAAACGACCGACGCAUGGUCCACGCUUAAAUUUCAAUCACGAAGCUUCUAGAUUAAGGCCCAGACAAGGAAUAGUUUCUAUAAAACCGAUACGACCUGAAGAACAAGCAAGUUCCAUUAUAGAUUAUAGAUAUCCCUUGCGACCAUAUUCGGAAAAAAAUCAUUAUGGUAUGCUAGAUUUUCGCCGCUCACAACCUUAUAAUAACUAUCCUACAUUUACAACAUCUUUCCCACAAAAUGAUCCUCUCAAAUCGUCUGCAGAAUUUCAAUCAUCGGAAAGAGAUUUGUACAACUUCAAUAAUCAAAGAACUCAUAAUUUGAUAGGAUUCUUAAUGAAAAAUAAACAACUUCCUGAUAGAAAUCAAGGAAAUUUUUAUGCUAAUAGGGAUACAAUCAAUAAAUAUUUUGAUGAAGAGAAUAAACGAACACAAUCACAGGCUUAUCAAGAUAUUCUCCAAAGUUUCCAAACAAAAUCCGAUAAACCAGUUUCAAAUAUACAGUUCAGCAGAAUCGUUAAAACUGCUUAA